CACGGAAGGCUUUUCCGUUGCGUCGCCUCGCUUCGCCUGCAGUUUAGCUCACCUCUCGCUCGCCCCGCCACCAUGUCAUUGACCCCAUUCAUUGCGCGCUAGUUGCGUUGUGUUGCGAACCCCACGCAUACGAGCCGUCGAUCUCGUAAGAUAUCGCUCCAGCUUACACCUUUCGAACGAGCAGGAGCAGACAGAAGAAGCACUGCAACCGCAGUAGGUGAUGACGACGAUGUUUGCUAUGGGGACGAAGUUACGAAACGAAACCCCAGCCAAGUGGCAAGGACCUCCUCACCGUCACCUCAUCAAAUCCCUCGCAGACUACUACUAGGAGAGCAGACGAGAGCUGUGAUGCCGUUGAAUGAUCAACAAUUUUGGAGAACGAUAAGUUACUACUAGGAGGAAAGAGGAUUCUAAUCCUUGCACGUAGUUAGGCUCAGGCAGAGAGGCUUCUUUCGCUCACACCGCCGUGCUGGCCGUUCCGCCCCUUUCCGUCCCUUUCCUUUCCCUUCCUUUCCCCCGAUAGAGUUGUUAUACUCGUUCCGAUAUAAGUAGUACCGGUUAAGGCAUGGACAGAGAAGCCAUAUUAGCGUCGCUCCGGGCAAUGUCCGCGUCGCCGUUUCUUGCGCCAGGCGCUACAGUCACACCGCCUUUAGUCCCCUUCGGUAUUGCCACUCCGCCUUCCCCCUUCACUCCGCUCGCUCCGCCCUCCCCCUUCACUCCGCUUGCUCCGCCUUCGUCCCCCUUCGCCGCAACUUUCGGGGCGAGCCCUUUUGCGACGAGCCCUCUCGCGUGCGCGAACCUCGUUAACUUCUCGAAUUUCGCCAAUUUCGCGCUGUUACAGCAGCAGCCGAUUCCAGACCUCGCAUUCCGCAGCCCCGCGCCGGCGCUUCCCCCUUUCGGUCGGAACUCCCCGCACGCGGACGCCUUUUCGAAAAGCCCGCAGCCGCCGCCGCGCCGUGGAAUCCCCGCGGCGGAAACGGCCAUUAUGCGCGACAAAGCGCCGUCGCCGCAAGCCCCCCCCCCGUGGGGGCCGACACAGCCACGCGCAUCCCCCUCGCCGCGUCCGCGGAGUCCGCGGGGAGAAAUGGUUCCGCCUGCCUCCCGCAGUGGCGGAAGUGACAGCCCCAGUAACCGCUGCAGUGGCGGGAGUGGGGGAAACGACCGUUCCGGUGGCGCUGGUGAUGUCGCGGCAGUCGGAGCCGCGGAAACGGUUCCGGCGGACGACGAGAUGAUUGCUCCUAUGCGACUUCUGCGACGACGCGGCGACGGCCGCUCGGUCGUGCGACCAGACGCCGGCGACCAAGCGGUGCAGGGGUCGGGCGACGGCGACGGCGACGGCCUGUCGCCGGGGGAGUCGGGCGACGGAUUAGCCGCCUGGAAUGGCCCAUUAGGCCAGCCGGGCGAAAGGCCUUUCGUUCCGCAGCAGUGUGCGACGGCCGGGUUACCACAAUUUCGCCCGUUGCAAGCACAGCUCCUACCAGACUCGAUAAAACCACCGGCAAGGCGUGUUCUUGAGUCGGCGCACGAUGACGCCGCGGAUGUUUCCCGACGGGCAGAUUGUGGGAUAAAACGGGCCCAGCCUUGGGCAGACCUUGACAUCCGAGGGCAAUUUACCCCAGAAAAAUGCGCGAGGGUGGACGAUCGUGGCCAUGCUUGCGGUUGGGAGCGGUCUGCCCGUGACGGCGUUGGCGGAGGCGGUUGUGCGGUUGAGAUGAGUGGGAGGGGUGGGCGGGCAGUGUCGAAACAUUUGGAACGGGCAGCUGGAGCGAAAAGGGUUCCUCUGCCGACCGAAAGCUUGCAGAAGCGGCUGGGGCAGCAGAUAGAAGCGCGGAUGGGGGCAAGAAAACCUGGGGGCGGGGGAGAACGCGGGGGGAAGAAUUGGUUGCACGGGGGGAGAGUGGGGGUAGGGCGGAUUCCCCGCCGGGAGGUUAUGAGGGAGAGGAGAGGGGAGGAGGGGGGGAGGUCAGCGGAAGGAGCGGAAGAGCACGGGGGAGGGCGGGGGGAAGGGCAGGGGGAGCGGUGGGGGGAAGGACUGUGGAAGGCGCAGGGGGGAAGGGUUUUCCAGGGCCCCGCAAUGGGGCGGUGGGGGGAGGAGGCAUGGGCGGGGAUGCGGGAAGAACGGGGAGCGGAGGGGCGGAGGGAGGAGGAGGAGGAGCAGGAGAGAGAGGAGCUUGCUUUUGGGUCGGCUCAAAAGGAGGGACGGAAGAGCUUGGAUACGCAGAAAGAGGAGCGUGAGCACCGGGUUUACAUCCCUGACGUGAUUCGGCCGUUUUUUAAGGAGGAGGGCGAUACGCAGAAAGAGGAGCGGGAAUAUCGCCCUUCAGAAAGAGGAGAGUGGCCUGUCGUGAUCCGCCCUUCCUCAUAUCCCCCUCCCCCGGCUCACCCGCCCCUCGCUCUCCCCCCCGAGGCCCGCUCGGCGUCCCCCCUUCCCCCGCCUCGUGUGAAACGCCCCUUCAACCAGGAAGGUUCUGAGAAGGCUCGGACUGAGUGCCUCUCCUUAAAUCACACGUGCUCCGAUGCGCCUCUAGAGACUCGUCCCUCCUUAAAUCAGGAGUGCCGGAGAGGGGAGGGGCGAGAAGCGGGGAGAGCGGAGGGGAUGGAGAGUAAGAAGCGGGGGGAUGAGGAAGAGGGGGAGGGAGAGGAGGACGACGAGUGGGGGAGUGAGGAGGAGAGCGAGGAGGAAGGGGAGGAGGUGGAAAAAGGCAGCAGAGGGGGCAGCUGGCAGCAAAACGCAGCCAGAGCUAUGAUCAGCGCAUUCACACCACCAGCAGCAGCACCAGCAGCGGCAGCAGCAGCAGCAGCACCACCACCACCAGCAGCAGCACCAGCAGCGGCAGCAGCAGCAGCAGCACCACCACCACCACCAGCAGGAGCGGCAGGAUUGUCGAUUCCGCUCUUCCUGCCCCACGGCACGAGCCCGCAUGCAGCAGCAGCAGCGCUGCAUAUGCGCGCACUGAUGGGCAUAUGUGAGGAGUCCCAGCAAAGCAACUCGGUGCCUGUUCCUGGGGCUGUUGGGAAUGGGUUUUCCGGGCUUGCCGCUAGUGCUGCUAAUGGUGCUGCUUCUGCUGCGGGUGCUGGUGGUGCUGGUGGUGCUUCUGGUGCUGCUGGUGCUGCUGCCGGUGCUGCUGGUGCUGCUGUUGCUGCUAGUGCGGUUGGUAGUGCUGGUGCUGCUGCUGCUGGUGGUGCUGGUGGUGGUGGUGGGAGGUGGCGGGUAGUAGGAAGAGAAGAGAAAGGCGCUUUUCAAAGGGUGCUUGGUAGGAGCAGUCUAGGGACGCUUAAAGAAGGGGAGGAGGAGGGAGGAGAGGAGGGGGAUGAGGAGAGGGAAAGAGAAAGGGAUGAUUGGAGAGGCAUGAGGGGAGAGAGGGAGGGGAGGUGGUCUCAAGAGAGGGCUAGGUUUGGGGCUUCGCCGAGGCAAUGCGGUGAAGCUGAUGCCGAACCUGAAGCCCAGGUUCGGGAACAACUGAGCUCGGACGGCUCAGAGGGAAGGGAAGAGGAGGACGAGGAUGAGGAGGAAGAGGAGGAGGAGGAGUGGGAGAGGAGGGAAAGGAAGGAGGAAUUGCAGAGGAAGGAGCAGGAGGUGUGGAGGUUGUUGCGAGAAACGAGUGUAUUGAAACAGAUGGCUCAGGUGCAGGCACAGGCUCGGGUGCAGUUUGAAGCGCAGGCUCGGGUGCAGGCUCGGGCUCAACUGGAGGCUCAGGCUCGGGCCGAAGCUGUGGCGCAGGCUCGGAUGCAGGUGCAGGCCCAUGCCUUCAUGGCGUCACAAGCAGCAUUCCUAGCGCAAGCACAAGCCCAGGCACAGGCACAGGCACAACUGCAUGUCCAGGCUCGGGCCGAAGCUGAAGCGCAGGUUCGGGAGGCCCAGGUUCGGGCGAUCAGUCCGUUUGGUUUGGGGCAGCGUGGGCAGGACACGGGUCUGGCAUCUUUUCCCAACCCUCUGAAUCUGCGGGGUGUUUUUGAGAAUUCUCAAAAAUAUCCCAUAGCUGGAUCCCAAGAACGAUUGACCCUGGGAGCAAGGCCCCCCAGUAGCCCUUGCCUUGACCUUCCUCUCUCCCUCCCUCCUCCCUCUCAACCUCCUUCUGAAGAGGGGGGAGGAGCAAGGGAGGGCGUUGGAGCACUGGUGCUAUCAAGGCGAUCGCAGCCGUGUGAGUCAAGUUGGACUGAUGUGCUCGGAUCCGGGAACUGUGACGGAUCAGGAAACGACUCACUGGCUCUCUCCGCUGUACCCUAUCGUCCCCUCUCGCAACCCCCGCCCUCCCAUCUUCAUCGAACAAGGCAGCUGCAGCAGGGGCAGCAGGAGCGACAGGAACGCGAGCACCAGCAGGAGCAGCAGCAGGAGCAGGAGGGUCUUCAGGACCCCAGUCACCAGCACCAGCAGCAGCAGCAGCAGCACCAGUUAGAGCGGCAGCAGGAGCAUCUUCAGGAUCCCAGCCACGUCGCAGCAGCAGCUGCAGCUGCAGCUGCUGGGGCGGCGGCUGCAGAGGCGGUUUACGCAAGUGUGGUGGGCAGGCGAAAGGGAGCGGUACGGCUGGUAGAGGAUGGAGUGAGUAGAAGAGGAGAGGCAAGGCAGCCGGGGGAAUACAGGCAGUUGCAGCACGCGAGCACAGGUUCGGCAAGCAGGUCCGGAGGUAGGUUGGGGGGGAAUCCGAGCCUGGGGGGAGGUUCGGAGACGUGGAGCGUAACGGAGAGCUUUGACAUCGAAGCUGCUGCCAAAGCUGCUGCCGAAGCUGCUGCCAGGGCUGCUGCCGAGGCGGUGAGGAGGGAGCUGGGAGGAGGGAGGAAGAGGGGCAGGGAUGGCGGCAGUGAGGGGGGGAGUGGAAGGGGGUUUGUGAGGCGGCGCACUAGGAGGGGCGGGGAUAGCGACACGUGGCAAUCAGGGCAUGGGAGAUAUUUGGAGCAGGAGAGAGUGUCAGAGCAUGGGAGAGGGUUAGAGCAUGGCAGAGGGUUAGAGCAUGGCAGAGGGUUAGAGCAUGGCAGAGGGUUAGAGCAUGGCAGAGGGUUAGAGCAUGGCAGAGGGUUGGAGCACGGCAGUGGGUCAGGGCAUGGGAGGGCACCUAGCAUGGACCUCAACAAUCCACCCAGGACGCCUCCCCCUUUACCCUCGUCAUCAGCAUUGUCACAACCGCCACUGUCACAACCGCCACCCUCACAACCGCCACCCUCACAACCGCCACUGUCACACCCACCACCCUCACAACCGCCACUGUCACACCCGCCACCCUCACAACCGCCACUGUCACACCCGCCACUAUCGUACCCACCACCCUCACAACCGCCACUAUUACCUCCCAGGACUGCCGCCGCAGCAACAGCAACUCCCACUGCCGCAGCAACAGCAGCACCGGCAGCACCAGCACCACCCACCGUGCCACGCUACCUCUCAGCCGCCUCGCCUCACCCCCACCAAGCGGCCCCUCACAGCCCUGCACACCCUGCCUCUUUACUCUCCCCUCGCCACCCUGCCUGCCCUCCUCCCCCUCCUGUCUCCGCCUUACCACCCGGCUCCCCUCUUUUUCCUCCCCUGCCACCAUUCGCUCCCCUUCUCGCCCCUCCCCGUCGCGCCCCUCCCCUCCGCGCCCCUCCUCCCUCUCCAGUCAACCCCCUCCCACCUACCCGCCUGCACUUACCACCUGAGAACGCUCCUGACCUGCGCAGAAGCACACCUGAGCUGCGUGAAAGCACACCUGAGCUUUCUCCUGAAGACCUGGCCGCAUUCCACUCCUUUGCUCUCUUCCAAGCCACCCUUCCGCCGAGCCUCAGCCAACCGAGCCACGGGAAUCCGAGCCUCAGCCAUCGAAGCCUCCGUUCUUCCGAGCCUCCGUCUCCAGGGUCAUCUGCCGAACCAAGCAAUGCCGGGCCUAGUGAUACCGAGCCUAGUAACGCCGGACCUGAUAACCCCAAGAGUAGAGCUUCCAAGUUCGAGCACCCCAAGCCUCCUAGACGAAUCGCAUCCGGGCCUGCGAAGGGCUGGACAGUGGCGGUAGGAGGUGUGAAUACGGCACGACAAGAAGCAGCAAACACAUCAGCAGCAGCAGCACCAGGAAGGGGAGGGGCAAUGGUGCCUUGUGAGUCGGUUCAAAGGUCGGAACGGUUGACAAGAGCAGCAGAGGCAAAGGAGACCAAAUCUGGUGAAGCAACAGAGGCGGCGGCAGCAGAAGCGGCGGAAGCAGCGGAAGCAGAAGAAGCAGCAGGGGAAGGAGCAGGGAAAGGAGCACAAGGCGCGGCAGUAAGAGCAGUGGACGCAACUUCUGAGAAGGGCGUAGGCCAAUCAGGAGGGAGAAUGAGACUGCAGAACCUAAAGAGGGAGGAGGGAGAAGAGGAGGGGGGAGAAGAGGAGGAGGAGGGGGAGCAGGAGACGGGUAGCAUUCCGAACCUACCUGAGAAGUGGAGGCUCGUGUCGAGGCUCGGCACGAGGCUCAGCCUGAUCGAGGACCGAGGCUCGGGGCAGAGGUUCGUUGUGCAGCGGUUGGAGGUCCGGGAUGAGGAUCAGGGAGAGGCUCGGGGAGAGGUCCGGGAGGGGGAGGGGGGCACUGGUGUGGUGAAGAGAAGAGAGGGUGUGGAGGGAGGGAGGGUGCGGGAGCUUCAGAGGAAGGUGGCCCUACUGCUGAAGCACAGCCAUGAGAACGUGGCGCCGUGUAUAGGCGCCAUCCGAGCCAACGCCACUGCUACCGCCGCUGCUACUGCUGCUGCUACUGCUCCUGCCGGCAACAAGGGUAACUGUGCGCAGGGGGGAAAUGGUGCGGCGUCGGUGGUGGUAUUUGCUGCGUAUGAGUACAUCUCAUCGCCGCCUCUCUCGCAGCAGCUGCAGCAGUGUGGGCCGAUGCCUGAGGACACCCUCGCCUUCUGCCUACGCCAGGUGGUUGACGCCCUGUGCUCUCUGCACUCCCAGGGGAUUACACACGGCAACGUCCGGCCGUCCACUGUCUUUGUGCCGGACGAUGGGGUGGUCCGACUGGCCGGCAUUGCUUGGCUGGACUCCGACAAGCAAGGAACCCCGUGGAGCAGCUGCAGCAAGCAUGAGUGCACUGAAGCGUUAUGCGUUAACCACACGAAGGGCAAGCCACGGCUGCCAUGGCUCUCUCCUGAAGCCAUCAGAGAGGAAGGGGAAGGGCCACCAUCAGACAUUUGGGCGCUCGGGUGCCUGGCAGUAGCAAUGGCAACAGGUUCAGAGCCGUGGGCUGAUAUCAACGACAGGGAACAGGUGCGCCUGUUCAUCGCUCACAGCAGAGACCUACCUGAGCUCCCACCUGAGGCUUCACCUGAGUUCACAGACUUCAUCGCCUCUUGCUUGAAUCGGGACCCGUCAAACAGGCUGUCAGCAGCAGCCCUCAUGAACCAUCCAUUCCUUGUCAUACCGUAGUGCAUGUGUUGCACAAUGUACACAAAGACUGAGACAAGCACAGUUACCAGCCAUCGAUCACAAACUCAGUCGCACCUUGCUUGAAUCGGGACCCUACAGAAAGGCCCUCAGCUGGAACCCUCAUGUCGUGAACCAUCCAUUUCUUGCCAUACUGUAACGCCUCCAACCCGACCCAUCCAAAUCAUGACAACAAUGAUC